AUGGGUCUUUUUGGUGGUAGCUCAAGCCCUGCGCCAGCUGCAUCGUCGGCCCAGCUGGAGGCAGCUACAGCUGAACUUGACAUGAUUACCGAUGUGUUUAACCGUCUUGUCGAGGCAUGCCAUGCCAAGUGCAUUAGCCCUCGUUACGCUGAGCCUGAUCUGAACAAGGGCGAGAGCGUGUGCAUUGAUCGCUGCGUGAGCAAGUUCUUCGCUGUGAACGCCAAGGUCGGUGAGCAGAUGCAGGCUAUGGGCCAAGCGGCAGGCGCGUCUGGCGCUGCCGGUGGCAAGCUGUUCGGCUAA